GGGGGCUCAGCCGCGGGGUAGGAGGGGCAGAAACAGCUAGGAAAGGAACACCAUGGAGCCUGCUUCUCCCCAGGAUGACGUGAAGAAGAGGCAACAGAAGGAGAAGUCCAAGAAGCCGGUGCCGCCCGUGGCCCCACGGCCAGCCCGAGCUCUGUUCUGCUUAACCCUGCAAAACCCGCUGCGGAAGGCGUGCAUCAGCAUCGUGGAGUGGAAACCCUUCGAGAUCAUCAUCCUCCUGACCAUAUUUGCCAACUGUGUUGCACUGGCCAUCUACCUGCCGAUGCCUGAAGAUGACACCAACAUUGCUAAUUCCAGCCUGGAGAAGAUUGAAUAUGCCUUCCUGAUCUUCUUUGCCAUUGAGGCCAUGCUGAAGAUAAUUGCCUAUGGGUUUCUUUUCCAUACGGAUGCAUACCUCCGGAAUGGCUGGAAUGUGCUGGACUUUUCCAUCGUGUCUCUAGGGCUUAUCACCAUGACCCUGGAGAAGGUCAAUGCAAAAGAGGGAGGGUCUUCAGGGGGAAAAGGCGGCUUUGAUGUGAAGGCCCUGCGAGCAUUUCGUGUGCUGAGACCCCUGCGCCUGGUGUCUGGAGUGCCAAGUCUUCAGGUCGUCCUGAACUCCAUCAUCAAGGCUAUGGUGCCCCUGCUCCACAUUGCCCUGCUGGUCCUCUUCAUGAUCAUCAUUUAUGCCAUUGUCGGGCAAGAGCUCUUCAAGGGCAGGAUGCACAAGACCUGCUACUACCUCGGGACAGAUAUGAUUGCCACAGUGGGAUCAGAGAAGCCAGCCCCAUGCACCAGCUCUGGCCAUGGGCGCCACUGCACCAUCAAUGGCACCGAGUGCCGAAGCGGAUGGCCAGGGCCCAACAACGGCAUCACUCACUUUGACAACUUUGGCUUUGCCAUGCUGACUGUCUAUCAGUGCAUCACCAUGGAGGGCUGGACAGAAGUCCUCUACUGGGUAAAUGAUGCCAUUGGGAAUGAAUGGCCCUGGAUCUACUUUGUCAGCCUUAUCUUGCUUGGCUCCUUCUUUGUUCUCAACCUGGUGCUGGGGGUGCUCAGUGGCGAGUUCACCAAAGAGCGCGAGAAGGCCAAGUCACGCGGCACGUUUCAGAAGCUGCGGGAGAAGCAGCAGCUGGAGGAGGAUCUCAAGGGCUACAUGGAUUGGAUCACCCAUGCUGAGGUCAUGGACAGUGACCGGACCAGGGGAGAAGGUAUGAUGCCAUUGGAUGAAGGAGGGUCAGAGACAGAGAGCUUGUAUGAAAUUGAGGGCAUGAACAAGUGGAUUCUCUACUUCCGUCAGUGGAGACGUUGGAACCGGAUGUUUCGUAGGAAGUGCAGAGAUGUGGUGAAGUCCAAGUUCUUCUACUGGCUUGUCAUCCUGCUGGUAGCCCUGAACACCUUCUCCAUUGCUUCCGAGCACCACUUACAGCCAGAAUGGCUGACACAAGUGCAAGACAAUGCCAACCGGGUGCUGCUAGCCCUCUUUGUGGCUGAGAUGCUGUUGAAGAUGUACGCGCUGGGCCUGCGCCAGUACUUCAUGUCGCUCUUCAACCGCUUUGACUGCUUCGUGGUGUGUGCGGGGGUCCUGGAGACCAUCCUGGUGGAGCUCGGUGCCUUGUCACCCCUGGGCAUCUCUGUGCUGCGCUGCAUCCGGCUCCUCCGCAUCUUCAAGAUCACCAGGUACUGGACAUCCCUGAGCAACCUGGUUGCCUCUCUGCUCAACUCGGUCCGCUCUAUUGCCUCUUUGCUCCUCCUCCUCUUCCUCUUCAUCAUCGUCUUCGCACUGCUGGGUAUGCAGCUCUUUGGGGGCAAGUUUGACUUCGAGGACAUGCAAGUGCGGCGCAGCACAUUCGACAACUUCCCUCAGGCCCUCAUCAGUGUCUUCCAGAUCCUGACUGGGGAGGACUGGAAUUCAAUCAUGUACGAUGGAAUCAUGGCCUAUGGGGGCCCGUCCUUUCCUGGCAUGCUAGUCUGCAUCUACUUCAUCAUCCUCUUCGUUUGUGGGAACUAUAUCCUCCUCAAUGUCUUCUUGGCCAUCGCGGUUGAUAACCUGGCUGAGGCUGAGAGCCUGACCUUAGCCCAGAAGGCUAAAGCAGAGGAACGCAAGCGGCGGAAGAUGUCCAGACAUUACCCAGAGAAGUCUGAAGAUGAGAAGCAGAUACUGGCAAAGAAGCUUGAGCAGAAAGCAAAAGGAGAAGAGAUUCCCACAACAGCCAAGUUAAAAGUGGAUGAAUUUGCAUCCAGUGUCAAUGAGAUCAAAGACCCCUACCCUUCUGCGGACUUCCCAGGUGACGAUGAGGAAGAUGAGCCUGAAAUUCCCCUGAGCCCUCGGCCACGUCCCCUUGCAGAGCUACAGCUGAAAGAGAAGGCCGUGCCCAUGCCUGAAGCCAGCUCCUUCUUUAUCUUCAGCCCAACCAACAAGUUUCGGAUGCUGUGCCACAGGACUGUCAAUGCUACCUGGUUCACCAACUUCAUCCUGCUCUUCAUUCUCCUCAGCAGCAUCUCGUUAGCAGCUGAGGAUCCCAUCCGGCCUGAGUCCUUCCGCAACCAGAUCCUUGGAUACUUUGACAUUGGUUUCACCUCUGUCUUCACAGUUGAAAUCGUCUUGAAGAUGACAGCCUAUGGUGCUUUCCUGCAUAAAGGCUCCUUCUGCAGGAACUCAUUCAAUAUCCUGGACUUGCUCGUGGUCGCUGUGUCCCUCAUCUCCAUGGGAAUUGAGUCCAGUGCCAUCUCAGUGGUGAAGAUCCUCCGGGUGCUGAGGGUACUGAGGCCUCUGCGAGCCAUUAACAGGGCAAAGGGGCUGAAGCACGUGGUCCAGUGUGUGUUCGUGGCCAUCAAGACUAUCGGUAACAUUGUGGUCGUCACGACAUUGCUGCAGUUCAUGUUUGCCUGCAUUGGGGUCCAGCUCUUCAAGGGCAAGUUCUAUAGAUGCACAGAUCCAUCCAAGCUGACGGAGAAGGAGUGCAGGGGUUACUUCAUCAACUAUGUGGACGGGGACCCCACGCAGAUUGAGCUGCAACAGCGUGUCUGGUUGCACAACAGCUUCCACUUCAACAACGUAUUCUCAGCCAUGAUGUCCCUUUUCACUGUCUCCACCUUCGAGGGCUGGCCAGAGCUGCUAUACAUGGCCAUUGACACUAAUGCUGAGGAUACAGGCCCUAUCUACAACUACCGGGUGGAGAUUGCAAUGUUCUUCAUCAUCUACAUCAUCCUCAUUGCCUUCUUCAUGAUGAAUAUCUUUGUGGGCUUUGUCAUUGUCACCUUCCAGGAGCAAGGAGAGAACGAAUACAAGAACUGUGAGCUGGACAAGAAUCAGCGCCAGUGUGUGCAGUAUGCACUGAAGGCUCGCCCGCUGCGGUGCUACAUCCCCAAGAACCCCUACCAGUACCAGAUCUGGUAUGUGGUCACCUCCUCCUACUUCGAGUACCUCAUGUUCUUCCUGAUUCUGCUCAACACCAUCUGCCUGGGCAUGCAGCAUUACAACCAGUCUCCAGAAAUGAACCAUAUUUCAGACAUUCUCAACGUGGCCUUCACCAUUCUCUUCACCCUGGAGAUGAUCCUCAAACUCAUGGCCUUUAAAGCCAAGGGCUACUUUGGGGACCCCUGGAACGUCUUUGACUUCCUCAUAGUGAUUGGCAGCAUCAUUGAUGUCAUCCUCAAUGAGAUUGACGAUGGACAGUGCCUGGCAGAGGACUCCGACGACGACUCCCGCGUCUCCAUCACUUUCUUCCGUCUCUUCCGGGUGAUGCGGCUGGUGAAGCUGCUCAGCCGAGGGGAAGGUGUCAGGACCCUCCUCUGGACCUUCAUCAAGUCCUUUCAGGCUCUGCCCUACGUAGCCCUGCUGAUUGUGAUGCUUUUUUUCAUCUACGCUGUGAUCGGGAUGCAGAUGUUUGGGAAGAUUGCCAUGGUGGACGGGACCCAGAUCAACCGAAACAACAACUUCCAAACCUUCCCACAGGCUGUUCUGCUGCUCUUCAGGUGUGCCACUGGUGAGGCCUGGCAGGAGAUCCUGCUGGACUGCAGCUAUGGCAAGCUCUGUGACCCUGAGUCAGACUUCAAUGAGGGCGAGGAGUACACCUGCGGCACCGGCUUUGCCUACUUCUACUUCAUCAGCUUCUACAUGCUCUGUGCCUUCCUGAUCAUUAACCUCUUCGUGGCCGUCAUCAUGGACAACUUUGACUACCUCACGCGUGACUGGUCCAUUCUUGGGCCCCAUCACCUGGACGAGUUCAAACGGAUCUGGGCUGAGUAUGACCCCGAGGCCAAGGGCAGAAUCAAACACUUGGACGUAGUGACUCUGCUGAGACGUAUCCAGCCUCCCCUGGGCUUUGGGAAGUUCUGUCCACACCGUGUAGCGUGUAAGCGCCUGGUGUGCAUGAACAUGCCCCUCAACAGUGAUGGCACUGUCACCUUCAAUGCAACCCUCUUUGCACUGGUGAGGACAGCCCUCAAGAUCAAGACAGAAGGUAACUUUGAGCAGGCCAACGAGGAGCUCAGAGCCAUUAUCAAAAAGAUCUGGAAGCGAACCAGUAUGAAGCUCUUGGACCAGGUCAUCCCACCUAUUGGAGAUGAUGAGGUGACAGUGGGCAAAUUCUAUGCUACUUUCCUCAUCCAAGAGCAUUUCAGGAAGUUCAUGAAGCGCCAGGAGGAGUAUUAUGGGUACCGGCCCAAGAAGAACCCUGUGGAGAUCCAGGCUGGGCUGAGGAGCAUUGAAGAAGAAGCUGCUCCUGAAAUCCAUCGCGCCAUUUCUGGGGACCUGACAGCUGAAGAGGAGCUGGAAAGAGCAAUGGUGGAGGCUGCCAUGGAGGAAGGGAUAUACAGGAGGACUGGUGGCUUGUUUGGCCAAGUCGACAGCUUCCUGGAGCCCAGCAGCCCCCUGCAGCCACACGUGGCCAGCCAGAGGCCCCUGCAGUUCACAGAGGUGGGCAGCGAGGACCUCGAUUCCCCUGUGUUCCUCGAUGACUUCCCUCAGGAAGGCAACACCAAUGUCAACAAUGCCAACAGAAACAACUGGCUGGAGGGGAUGGAGUACGAGGAUGAGGUACUGAGGAGGACAGUGCCAGCAGCACCCAAGCAUCGAGUGUGGGAGUGCAACCACCGCUCACCUAUGGAAAAGCUGCAGCAGAGGCCGAGCAGGAGGCGAGGAGAGGCCACCUCUGGGAGUCACCCAUCAUCAGGCCUGCACUUUCUCUCCCAAGAGCAGCCCAGAGAGGAUGGCGCAGGGACGGGAACAGCGUCCAGCUCAGAGCACCAGCAGGGUGAAAGCAGUGACCUGAGUGCAUCCUCCACCCCAGUCAUCACCUUCCUCAUUCAGGAGGCUCUGAUCUCUGGGGGCCUCACAGCUCUGGCCCAUGACCCAACCUUCGUAGCAGUGACAAGGGACGAGAUGGCAGCCAGCAGCCAACUGGAGGUGGAUGAAGUGGAGAAAGCAGCCGUGGAGCUGCUAAAGGGAAGAGAAACACUUCAAGGUACAAAAACUGGCUCUGCUCCCCAGCACACCUCAGCCACAUCAUCAGCCAGCUCCCCAGGGCUAAGAGCAGCCACUUCCCAAAAGACCAUUGCUGCCACUCACCUGUGAUACACCAGCACACACGGUCCCUUCAGAAGCUUGCAGGGGGUUACUGGAGCAAUGCCACACUGCUCCCCCUCUGCCUGGGGUCCUGGUGGGCUCUGUCCAGCUGCAGGAGGAUUUUGCGGCUGAGUGUCCAGGAUGCUGGUGCAGGACAGGACAAUGCUGUGCCAGCAGGGUCUUGCAAGAGCUGGAUGGGUCAUUAAAGUGUUCCUGCUGUGUAA